AUGGGCUUCUUCAAUAAGAAGUGGUCGGCCACGGAGCCAGAUGACGUGGCACGGACACCGGCGCAGGAACCUGCUGCCAAUGAGAAGCGUACCGAGAUUGAGCGAUCUAGCGAGGAAGACUUUGGGGCCACCAAGCAGGCAGGUGUGAGAAAGGUCGAGGCCGCCGCCGAGGCCUGGAGCAAAUGGGAUCUCGUCGCCGCCUAUGGCUUGAUCUGGCUAUACUACUUUGCCACCUCCACGGCCGAGGUCGUCACGCGAACGCUCAACCCCUUCGUGACGAGCUCCUUUAACAAGCACUCGACCAGCGCCGCCGUCAACAUCCUGGCCUCCAUCAUCGGCGGCCUGACCAAGCUGCCGCUAGCCAAGAUCCUCGACACCUGGGGUCGUCCCCAGGGCCUCGCGCUGAUGCUCCUGAUCUGGUGUCUCGGCUACAUCAUCACCGCGUGCGCCAGGACCAUCGAGACCUAUGCCGCGGCACUGGUAUUUUCUGCUGUCGGAGCCCAGGGCGUCAGCUACUGCGUCACCGUCUUCAUCGCCGACACCUCGUCCCUCAAGAACAGAGCGCUGAUGCUGGCCUUUGCCACCUCCCCGUACGUCAUCACCACCCCGAUCAGCGGCUUCGUCGCCAAGCGCAUCGUCAAGGACGCCGGCUGGCGCUGGGGCUUCGGUCUCUGGGCGAUCGUCAUGCCCGUCAUCGUGCUCCCGCUGUGCUUCGUCUUCCUCUGGAACCAGCGCAAGGCCAAGCGCCAGGGCCUGCUCGAGUCGCGCGGCACCAAGAUCACGGCCCGCUCCGUCUACAACUACCUCGUCGAGGUCGACACCGUCGGCCUCCUGCUGCUCGCCGCCGGCUGGGCCCUGUUCCUGCUGCCCUUCUCGCUGUACUCGUACCAGCCGCAGCGGUGGCGCGCGCCCAUCAUCAUCUGCUUCCUCAUCUUCGGCGCCCUCCUGCUCGUCGCGUUCUGCGUGUGGGAGAAGCUCUUCGCGCCCGUUACGUUCAUCCCGUACCGGCUGCUCGUGGACCGCACCGUCUUCUUCGGCGGCCUCAUGUUCUUCUUCUUCUUCGCCAACUCGGCCAUCUGGGGCAGCUACUUCACCUCGAUGCUCCAGGUCGUCUGGGAUAUGGGGGUCGACCAGACGACAUGGAUCAGGAGCAUUUACCGCAUCGGCUCCUGCCUCGCGUCCAUCUUCCUCGGCAUCCUCAUGCGCUUCACGGGCCGCUUCAAGUGGGUGGCCUCGCUCUACGGCCUUCCUCUGAUGCUUCUCGGCGUCGGACUCUUGAUCAAGUUCCGCCAGGCCAACGACAACAUCGGCUACGUCAUCAUGACCCAAAUCUUCAUCGCCUUUGCGGGCGGUCCGAUCGUCGUUGCUGGCGAAAUGGCCAUGAUGGCGCCUUCGGACCACCAACACGUCGCCGUCGUCAUCGCCAUCCUGGACCUGUUCGCUAGCAUCGGGUCUGCCAUUGGAUCUACAAUCUCUGGCGCCAUCUGGACCGGUACCUUCAAGAACGAGCUGACAAAGCGCCUGCCCUCUGAUGCGCCCGUCAAUGCCAUUUACGCUUCCCUCGUAAAACAGCUCUCAUAUGCAAAGGGCACGCCUAUUAGAACCGGUAUCGCAGAUGCGUACUCCGCCUCGCAGCAGUACAUGCUGGCCACCAGUGUCUGCUUAUUGGCUGUCGCUUGGGGUUGUGUCUGGCUGUGGAGAGAUAUCAACAUUCAUACGAAGAAGCAAGUGAAAGGAAAUGUUGUUUAA